GGCCCCGCGUCCGCGUCACGUGGUGCGAGGCGGGCAGCCAUCUUGCUACAAACACAAACAGAGAGGAGCGGCCGCCGCGGGAGCGCCAGCGCCCCCUCCCCCGCCGCCGCCGCCCCCCGGCCCGCCGCGCGUCGCCAACGCCCCGGGACCGGAGCCUCGCGCCGCCCGCCCGCCGCGUUUCCCUGCUUCUCACGCCCGGAGCCAGCGCUUUUUCUCAGUUCACUCCUUACAACCAGGACAGAAGGGUGACGGCUGAAGUGGGAAGCGCCUGGCGGCCAGCCGCCUUUGCCACUCCCUGGAGGGGUGGGAGGAGUUGUGGAGUCUUGGAGUCGAUGGGAACUGUGGAGGUGCCCCGGUCCAGCCUCCGCCCCAGCCAGUGAGGGAAGCCCUUGCACGGCUCCCUGAGACCCUGCCCACCCACCCUCUGCUCGGAACCACCAGGGAUGCGCCGCCUCCUGAGAGCCGCCUCCACUGUUCCUUAGAGGGACGGGUCGCUGCCGCCACCACAACCGCUUCUGUCAGCUUCAGUAACUCUGACCUUAUUUCUGCUUUGUGGUGAGGGAGCCUUCUUCCUAGCUUGUAUCACGGUAACGUCGUUCUCUUCUUGGCUCUCUGUCCUUACGAUCGGGCUCUUCCUGAUCCCAGGGACCGGGCCUCGGUGUUGACUCCGGUCUGGUGAGUGAGCCCUGGGCACGCUGGCUGGAGUGGCCGGCCGCGGCCUUCAGCGCGCCCCACCUCGGGCUCUGGAAUAGCCCCCGCUCCCCUUGUACCGGGUCUCUCCCCAAACUGAGUCUCUGGAUUCUAGCUGCCAAGCAGCCAGACCUGAGUGUUUUCAGAGGAGAGGUAAUUUUGCUCCCAGAUAAACUUCUAACCCUCUUAAUAACUGGCUUUUUCUCUCUCUAGAACAUUUGGGACUCCCGUGGGUUUUCUGCUUGUGUGUGUGUGUGUUUUCUCUUUGUCCUAAACAUCCACGUGUACCUCAGGCACCCCUUUACUGAAUGCUGGGCCACUUGGCGAGAGCGCUGAGCUGUCGGGAGGUGCCUGGCCUUCUCUGCCACACCCCCAGCACUUCCGCCAGGCUCCACCGAGUGAACUGGCCGCUCGAGAGGCCUGAGAGUGCAGGGCAGCGAUGAGGAGGAGCAGGGGCUGGGGUCCCCUGUGCUCCGUAACCAGCAGCCUCCAGGCAGCUGUGGACCUUCUUGUUAUGCAAGACGGAGGAGGGCUGGAGGCAGGGAGGUCUGUCUGACCGCUAAUUUAACCCCACUUUCUUCUCUUCGCCCCUCUAUAAGGAUCUUUCCCAGAUGUGAAGGUCCCUCCCUGGGCACUGCUCUGGUCAGACCAACAUCCAGUUGCCUGGGGACCCUGGUUCACUCCAGCACAGGCCCUUGCCUGGAGAGAGCCCGGCCCCUGCCCUACCUGCUUCCCUGGGCAAGGCUGCCAGGUGUUUGGAGAGUGAACACCAGGUUCCCCCUCCCCUGCUCAUCCCCUCGACCUCUAGGACACGCCCAGCUCCACAAUGGCAGCAGAGACCCUCAACUUUGGGCCUGAGUGGCUGAGGGCCCUUUCUAGUGGUGGCAGUGUGGCCUCCCCACCCCCAUCCCCCGCCAUGCCCAAAUACAAGCUGGCCGACUAUCGCUACGGGCGAGAGGAGAUGCUGGCCCUCUAUGUCAAGGAGAGCAAGGUCCCCGAUGAGCUGCAAGACAAGGAGUUUGCUGCGGUGCUGCAGGAGGAGCCGCUGCAGCCCCUGGCGCUGGAGCCUCUGACUGAGGAGGAGCAGAGAAACUUCUCCCUGUCAGUGAACAGUGUGGCUGUGCUGAGGCUGAUGGGGAAAGGGGCUGGUCCCCCCCUAGGUGGCGCCUCCCGUGGCAGGGGCAGCACGCGGAGCCGAGGCCGUGGCCGCGGUGACAGUUGCUUUUACCAAAGAAGCAUUGAAGAAGGCGAUGGGGCCUUUGGCCGAAACCCCCGGGAGAUCCAGCGUAGCCAGAGUUGGGAUGACAGAAGCGAGAGGCGGUUUGAGAAGUCGGCCAGGAGGGAUGGAGCGCGAUCCGGGUUUGAUGAGGGAGGGGCUGGCCCGAGGAAGGAGCAUGCCCGCUCAGAUAGCGAGAACUGGCGUUCUCUCCGAGAGGAGCAAGAGGAAGAGGAGGAGGGCAGCUGGAGACUUGGGGCAGGACCCCGGCGAGAUGGCGACCGCUGGCGCUCUGCCAGCCCUGAUGGCGGCCCCCGCUCUGCUGGCUGGCGGGAACAUGGGGACCGGCGUCGCAAGUUUGAAUUUGAUUUGCGAGGGGAUCGAGGAGGGUGUGGUGAAGAGGAGGGGAGGGGUGGGGGAGGCAGCUCUCACCUCCGGAGGUGCCGAGGGCCUGACGGCUUUGAUGACGACAAGGAUGGGCUCCCGGAGUGGUGUCUGGAUGAUGAGGAUGAAGAAAUGGGCACCUUCGAUGCCUCCGGGGCCUUCUUGCCUCUCAAGAAGGGCCCCAAGGAGCCCAUUCCCGAGGAGCAGGAGCUCGAUUUCCAGGGUCUGGAGGAAGAGGAGGAAGAGCCUUCCGAAGGGCUGGACGAGGAGGGGCCUGAGGCGGGUGGGAAGGAACUGACCCCACUGCCUCCUCAGGAGGAGAAGUCCAGCUCCCCGUCCCCACUGCCCAGCUUGGGCCCACUCUGGGGAGGUAACGGGGAAGGCGAUGAUGCUGUGGAGAAAGACCUGCCGGCAGCUGAAGGAGACGAUAUGAGAGCAGUGCAGCUGAGUCCUGGGGUGGGCUCACCCCCUGGCCCACCUGGAGAUCUGGAAGAUGAUGAAGGCUUGAAGCACCUGCAGCAGGAGGCGGAGAAGCUCGUGGCCUCCCUGCAGGACAGCUCCCUGGAGGAGGAGCAGUUCACAGCCGCCAUCCAGGCCCAGGGCCUGCGCCACUCUGCAGCUGCCACCGCCCUCCCCCUCAGUCAUGGCGCAGCCCGGAAGUGGUUCUACAAGGACCCGCAGGGGGAGAUCCAAGGCCCCUUCACGACACAGGAGAUGGCGGAGUGGUUCCAGGCGGGCUAUUUCUCCAUGGCCCUGCUUGUGAAGCGGGGCUGUGAUGAGGGCUUCCAGCCGUUGGGUGAGGUGAUCAAGAUGUGGGGUCGUGUGCCCUUUGCCCCUGGGCCCUCACCACCCCCACUGCUGGGAAACAUGGACCAGGAGCGGCUGAAGAAGCAACAGGAGCUGGCGGCAGCCGCCUUGUACCAGCAGCUGCAGCACCAGCAGUUUCUGCAGCUGGUCGGCAGCCGCCAGCUCCCGCAGUGUGCGCUUCGGGAAAAGGCGGCUCUGGGGGACCUGCCGCCGCCGCCACAGCAGCAGCUCACCGCGUUCCUGCAGCAGCUCCAAGCUCUCAAGCCCCCCAGGGGUGGGGACCAGAACUUGCUCCCGACGAUGAACCGGUCCUUGUCAGUGCCAGACUCGGGCCCCCUCUGGGACAUACAUACCUCAGCCUCAUCACAGUCAGGCGGUGAGGCCAGUCUUUGGGACAUACCAAUUAACUCUUCGACUCAGGGUCCAAUUCUAGAACAACUCCAGCUGCAACAUAAAUUCCAGGAGCGCCGAGAAGUGGAGCUCAGGGCGAAGCGGGAGGAGGAGGAGCGCAAGCGCCGAGAGGAGAAGCGCCGCCAGCAGCAGCAGCAGGAGGAGCAGAAGCGGCGGCAGGAGGAGGAGGAGCUGUUUCGGCGCAAGCAGGUGCGGCAGCAGGAGCUCCUGCUGAAGCUGCUCCAGCAGCAGCAGGCGGUGGCUGCCGUCCCCGUGCCUCCUGCGCCCAGUUCCCCGCCCCCGCUGUGGGCCAGCCUGGCCAAGCAGGGCGUGUCCAUGAAGACGCUGCUGGAGCUGCAGCUGGAGGGCGAGCGGCAGAUGCACAAGCAGCCCCCGCCUCGGGAGCCGUCGCGGGCCCAGGCUCCCAACCACCGUGUGCUCGGGGGCCUGGGCGCCGCUCCCCUGAACCAGUGGGUAUCUGAGGCCGGGCCGCUGUGGGGCGGGCCCGACAAGAGUGGGGGCAGCAGCGGCCUGGGGCUCUGGGAGGACACCCUCAAGAGCAGCGGGAGCCUGGCCCGCAGCCUGGGCCUGAAGAACAGCCGCAGCAGCCCCUCUCUCAGUGACUCGUACAGCCACCUGUCAGGUCGGCCUGUGCGCAAAAAGACGGAGGAGGAAGAGAAGCUGCUGAAGCUGCUCCAGGGCAUCCCCCGGCCCCAGGAUGGCUUCACCCAGUGGUGUGAGCAGAUGCUGCACACGCUGAGCACCACGGGCAGCCUGGACGUGCCCAUGGCUGUAGCGAUCCUCAAGGAGGUGGAAUCCCCCUACGACGUCCAUGACUAUAUCCGUUCCUGCCUGGGGGACACGCUGGAAGCCAAAGAAUUUGCCAAACAAUUCCUGGAGCGGAGGGCCAAGCAGAAGGCCAGCCAGCAGCGGCAGCAGCAGCAGGAGGCUUGGCUGAGCAGUGGCUCCCUGCAGACAGCCUUUCAGACCAACCACAGCACCAAACUCGGCUCUGGGGAGGGCAGCAAGGCCAAGAGGCGGGCACUGAUGCUGCACUCGGACCCCAGCAUCUUGGGGUACUCCCUGCAUGGACCUUCUGGUGAGAUCGAGAGCGUGGAUGACUACUGACCAGCCCGUCCCACCAGCACCCUGGGCUAUAGGCCAGGGGCAGCAGCAGCGGCUUGGACCCCUGGGUCCCCAGACUGCAGGCUCCCCACGAGGAGC